AUGCUCCUGGUAAAAUUUGUGAUUUAUUUUUUGUGUAUUGCCAGAAGUUUAUCAUCCAAUUUCACACAACUGGAAAGUUUGUACGACCGUUUACUGUCUGACUACAACAAAGAUAUUCGCCCGUUGAUAGCACCAGAAUUUCCCGUCGAUGUAAAUGUGUCCUUUUUUCCUGUUGGAAUAAAAGAACUGGAUGAGAUGACAGGGAAAUUUUCUGUGGUUGGUACCUUCAGUAUCACGUGGUAUGAUUUACGUUUAACAUGGGAUGUUUCCGUCUACAAAAACUUUCUUUCAGUAGAAAUUCCAGAAAAGAAAGUUUGGAAACCUGGGCUUAUGGUAGUCAGUCCCUUUGAAAGAUUUGCUAGCCUUGGUAUGGGAAACCUUCCGAUUACAUACCUUUAUAAUGGUACGGCCUUGUGGUUACCUGUUGAAGUCAUUUCUGGCACCUGUGCUGUAGAUGUAGCAAACUACCCUUUUGAUAUUCAAUUCUGUCCUAUAGAAUUAAUGUGCUGGGGUUCCCCCUCUUCUGCUAUACGAAUAAAAGCUCCCGACCCUACCAUCAAUAUGAAUUAUUUUAACCGUCAUGGCACAUGGGAUGUGAUUCAUGCAGCAUUGUCCACACACCUGAAUGGCGAUCUGUCUUACAUAAGUAUUGACUUAAAAUUGAAGCGACGUCCUGCAUUCGCUAUUAUGAACAUUGUAAUUCCAAUGAAGUUGUUGGAGAUCCUGUAUGUUUUAGUAUUUUUUGUCCCAAUAGAGAGCGGAGAACGCUUAUCAUACUCUAUUACAGUCCUUCUCUCGAUAGCUGUAUUUUUGACAAUAGUUGGAGACAAUCUUCCAAAGACGUCUAGUCCAAUAUCAAUCCUGUCCUAUUUCGUUCUGAGUGAUUUGAUAACUGGCUCAUUCGUCUGCUUCACUGUUAUUUUUGGACUUUCUGCCUACUAUAAAGACCCGGCCGAAGAAAGAGUACCAAGAAUAUUAGCUAGAAUAAUACGCCAGUGUGGACGAAGACAAACGGCUCGAAAAAUUCAUCGCGUAAGUAACUAUGAAAACACAAUGUCCACCAAUGAUGGAACAGAGAAUGUUAAACACGUUGAUGUCACAUGGAAGAUGGUGUCGAGAACUAUCGAUCGACUCAUGCUUAUGCUCUGUAGCCUGUACAUUGUUGUAACACUCUUCCUCUUUCUGAUUCUAACAACUGGAAAGUAA